UUCAGAUGCAACCGGAACACAACAACAAUCGCAGCUGAUGCACUUCUUUUGAACGGUCAACGGACUGGGGCAUCGUCGCCCUCAAUCCGAGGGAACCCUCGUGAGUUACUAACCCUACAGCGUACAGCGGUGCAGAGAAGCGUCUCAGGGACCGACGACAGGAGAAUUGAGCCGUGACUGGGUUGGCAGGCAGUGCUUUUCUUUGCUGUUUCUCGAGUCGGCCAGCUGGUUGCGGAGGAACUGUGAUUGACAUCCAUCGCAAAUCGCGACGACCGCGUCUCGACCGCGCCCGGCAGCAACAACCCAGCACCACUCCGAUUCUCCCAUAAUGUCCUCUACCGCCAUCACGUCCAAGACGGCGUCCGUCAGGACACCGGCGGGCACGCCCAAGAAGGCUGCCGCAACCAACGCCGCUGUCACCGAGAGCCCUGGCAACUGGAAGCACCCGCGCCUGGCCGAGAUCACGCGGCGGCAGAACGCCACCAGGUUCUCGGAAAAGAACCUCAGGAUAAUCCUGUACAACGUGCUGACCUUUGUCAUGGUGGUCGUCGUCCGGUCCAACGCCGCGAUCCAGAAGCACACGCAAAAAUACAGCCCAUCAAUAAGAGGAUACAUCUGGUGGGCCUUUCUCGGGCUGCACGUCAUCCCGCUCGUGAACAUAGGCCUGGCGCUCCUGCCGCUGCUCCGCACCAAGGACGAUGUAGCCGACAUCCCGCUCACGGCCGCCCAGCGCCAGCUCCUCGGCCUCCCGCCCAGCUCCGCCCCCGCCACGCCCGGCACCGGCUUCAGCACGCCGCCCCGCUACGCGCGCACCCCGUCCUUCUCGGGCUCGGUCGGGAGCGCCAAGAGCUUCUCGACCUCCCCCCUCCUGGGCAAGGGCCCCGGGAGCAGCAGCCCCGGCCCGCUCCUGGGCUCCCCCGCCAACCUCAAGGCGAACGGCAGCGGCGGCGCCUCCCCGUUCUCCCCGUUCUCGCCCGGCGGCGUCGGCGGCAGCCCGCUGUUCCAGAAGGCCGUCAAGAGCGGCCAGCGCAGAGGCUCGUUCGGCGGGUCGCCGGCGCCCCUGUCGAGCGAGAAAUCGUCGCUCUCGGCCGCGCCAACGCUCGUCCCCGACUCUUCGGCCCUCUCGACGGGCACCCCGAGUUCUUCCGGCAAGCGCACAUCGGUGGCCCUGAACAGCAAAUGGCUGUACGAGAAGGGCCGUAGGAGCUCGGGUUCCGGGUGGGCCUAUUAGACGUGUUUGUGUGUGUGUGUAAUGGAUUCAAGAAGCGACGGACGGUCGGAGCAGAGAUGUGACCGGCGCACGAUUCGGCCAGCCAGGAUUUUGGGUCAUGAUGCCAUGAGACGGGCCAAUAGAAGCAGGGAUAACGAAUGUACAAAAUACCUACUAAUGGAUAAAACGGUUCUUGGAGUGUGUGCUUAGUUUGUGGCGGGUGUAGCUGCUGGCAUUUGAGCGAGACGAGAGUAUUUGUUUGUUCUUUUCUGUGUGAUUUCUCUCGUAUCGCUUUUUUGGGCAGCAACUUUGGAGGCAAACACGGAUGCGAGGGCAAACGCCCAACCACAUGACCGAAGAGGUAGAUUUAAGGCGCCGAAGAAAGCUUGCCAAUUUAUACAAAAACAUCGCGUAGCAUCUUUUUCUGCGCAUGAGCCUAGAGCUUACUCCUCGAAAUCCCAGUCCCCAGCUCCUGUCUGGUGAGCUUGUAC